AUGAAGGAUAUUGGAACAAGAGUCUGUUCAUUGGCUUUCACGUUUUUUAUAAUUGUCGGGAGUAAACCUUUAUAUGCUUCUUCAGAUCGUGAGGUAGUGCAACCAUGGAUUUGGGUUUGUACAAAUAAUCACUGUGAACGGCGUCUAAAAACGCAAUUAGAUAAAACUGAUGAAAAUAAUGAACAUUCUUUUCGUACUUGUAACAUGUUAUGUGGAUCUACUCAAUUAUGGCCACAACCUACAGGUCCCAUAUCAUUGGGAUCAAUUUCCGUAUCAUUCCUUCCAAAACAGCUUUAUUUAGAAGCAGAUGUUCCAUUUGCAGUUUUAAAAAUGGUAAAUACAGCAUUCGCAAUAUUCAAAACUAAUGUUCGUGUAAUGUCUCUCAUAAAAAAUCCAUACACACCUGAUGUGCAGAAGUUCAUGGUCAAAAUUAAAAUAGUUAAAACCAUUCAGCGUUUAAAAUUAGAAACAUCAGAAAGUUAUACAUUACUGAUUCGUUAUUCGCACGAAUCGAUUAUAUGUUCAAUUGAAGCAGACACAUAUUUUGGUGCCAGGCAUGGACUCGAAACAUUAUCACAGCUAAUAUGGUGGGAUACUGAAUUGAAAAGAUUACGGGUAUUAAAAAUAGCAAAUAUUGUUGAUAAACCGAAGUUCGCAUAUCGUGGAUUAAUGUUAGAUACGUCACGUAAUUAUUUUUCAACUAAAGCAAUUAAGCGAACUUUGGAUGGCAUGGCAGCUUCCAAACUAAAUGCUUUUCAUUGGCAUAUAUCAGAUUCACAAAGUUUUCCAUUUGAUUCACCUCGCGUGCCUGAAAUGAUUGAAAAUGGUGUACAUAAUCGAUUAAAUGUGUACACAGCAAAAAAUAUCAUUGAAAUAUCCGAAUAUGCCCGAAUACGUGGAAUACGUGUGAUUAUUGAAAUCGAUACACCAGCGCAUGCAGGCAUGGGUUGGACAUGGGGCCCCUCAAAAGGCUUAGGUGAAUUAGUCGUAUGUGUUGGUCAACAACCGUCGAAUCGAUAUUGUGGAGAACCUCCAUGUGGACAAUUAAAUCCUCAAAAUCCACAUGUUUAUAAAAUACUUGAAAAUUUAUAUAAAGACAUUAUCGAAUUAACCGGUGAGACAGAAAUAUUUCAUAUUGGAGGUGAUGAAGUUAAUUUAGAAUGUUGGAAUCAACAUCAAAAUGCAACAUCUUCUAACACAGAUCGCUUUAGUAGUUACAUGGAUUUACAUGAAUUAUGGGGAAAUUUUACUAUAAAAGCUUUAGCUAGCUUAAAGGCUGCAAAUAAAAAUAAAAUUCCCACAGCAACUAUUUUAUGGUCAAGUAAUUUAUCCAAACGUCCUUAUAUUACCAAAUAUUUGGAUCCAGAGCACAUUGUAGUUCAAGUAUGGAGUUCAAUGUCUAAAGGGGAGCAAAGUAAGUUAUGGAACGAUGGUUAUCGUACAAUUUUAUCCCAUGUCGAUGCAUGGUAUUUAGAUUGCGGUUUUGGUAAAUGGAGGGAAGACGGAGCUGCCACAUGUGACCCAUACCGAACAUGGCAAAAAGUUUAUAAUCAUCGGCCAUGGCUAACGUCAUCAAUUCUCGAACGUAAUUUUAAACUAAUAGUAGGAGGGGAAGCUUGUUUGUGGACAGAACAAGUGAAUGAAAUGACUUUAGAUGGUCGAUUAUGGCCCAGAGCUGCGUCAUUUGCUGAAAGACUUUGGAGCGAUAUACCACCCGUCGAUAUUGAGUCACUUGUAGAAAUUCCAGAAGAUACUUAUACAAGACUGGAUACACAUCGGUAUCGAUUGAUUGACCGUGGUAUUUCAGCUGAAAGUUUAUGGCCAGAGUGGUGUACUUAUAAUCCUGGUUUGUGCUUUUAA